AUUUUAAUAAUCGAUAUGAACAAUGCCAGUUAAUAGUCAAUUAUUUGAAUAAUUUUGGUCUGAUAAUAAUGAGGUAGGAUUUGGAGAGACAAAAGAAGAAGCAGCAGACAUCAAUGAAUCCAAGGCAAUGUUCCAAGUGAAUGCACUCAGAAUUCUCUGGAGCUUAUAGUUAUCGUGAAAACAAUGAAGCCAAAUGUAUGUAGUUCAAAGCAACGAUGCAGGGAAAGUCAUUUGGAUGAACAACAGAAAUGUUGUCUUCAAAGUUAACGAAAUGUCGAGAGUGGAGGGUAGAGAAGAUGAUUUAAAUUCAAUCUGCCAACCGAGACAAAUUCGGACUAACAGUGUGGCACUUCCGGCAUGUGGUUCUAUGCUACUGGUCAACGGAAAUCAACGUCAACCACCAUUACCACGUCGUCAUUCUGAAACUCCAGCAAGAGCACCUCCACCAAUUCCUAUACGAAAGAGAAAUGAAAAGCCGAUUUUCCUCACUGGAGAUUAUUGCCGACGUGAUGAAAGAAAACUUAGCUUAGAUGAUAACAUAAAGAAUCAAUCUUCUGAAUCCAAUCAAACAAUAUGGAGACAAGAAAUCAACGACAAUGAAAAACUCAUUGACCUUGAAUCAACAAGAAGUAUUGAAUGUAAUUUCAAGGCAAGCAAGAACCUUGUAGAAAAUGCUGAUGGGUGUGAUUUUGAUGUGUCAAAUUAUGGGGAGAAUGGUGGGGAUUUUGGAAAGACUACUGAGGGAUCUUUCAAGUCAAGCUUUGAAGAGCUCCAGAAAGCCGCUCGUAAUUUCGAUAAGAGGCUUCAGGAGGAGAUUAUCAGAGGUGUGGAGAUUGGCCGGGUUGUCGGAUCACAAGAGGGUCAAAGACAAAGAGAUCGAUUUAAUCCACAAUCGAGACUGCAAGCUAAAUUUGAGCACGAUCAAGAAGCUCAUCAUGAUGCCGAGAAAAGAUCCAAGUUUAAAGCACUGCUCGCAGCAUCCCGAAAUCUAGAAAAACAUCUUCAAGGUGAGAGGGAACUUCAGCAGCAAACAAGAGGAAAGUACAACUUAGACAUGGAGAAAGCGAGAAAUAUGUUACAGAAUAACUUAAGAAAGGACCGUGUGGUGGUAGAGAGAUUAGAGAAGCUGCCUAAAGCAACGCAAACGAAUUUACCACCGCCUUUGAGCUCUAUUUGCCAAAAUCCUGUAUCCAACAAACCAGCCAGUGUCAGACAAGACAGUAAUGUAUCGUCAGACAGUUUUAGUCAGACUAGUUCACCCAGCUAUACCAGCAAAACCAUGGAAGCACCUCUUUUACCUCAUAAACACAUUUUUAGUAAAAUUCCAGGAAAGAUCUCAGAAAAAGAAAAUUCUCCAGGAAGUCCAAUAACGAAGUCAAUGAGUACACCAGCAAGUCUUCAAACGAUUGUCAGGUUUCACAGUGGCAGCAACAUGUCGUUACAUCACAGGAUCAUUCGAGACAUGAGGAGACCGAGCGGUCAUUAUGUAUUUGGCGAGAGAUUUCGAUUCAGAUUUGUUCAAGUACUUGUCAACGCUCUAGCACUUCUUGCCAUUACUGCAGGCUUUUUAUUCUACUUUAAAACCAAUCCAGAAAUAGCUAACGUAAAGUCAAAUAAUUUAACUACUGAAAAACCAAUUGCUGUUACUGUACCAUGGUCACCAUAUUUAUCAGAAUCCAAAAAUCCUGCUCCAGGAGUUUGUCUACCUGUAAUAGUCAGUUUCUGUCUCACUCAUCAGGUUCCAUAUAAUUUUACCGUAUUUCCAAACUACAUGGGCAACUUUCGGCAACGUGACGCACAACAUGAGCUUGAAAAUUAUGAGGCAGUUGUAGACGUCAGAUGUUACGAACUUGCAGCUUUAUUUCUUUGCAAUGUUUUCGUUCCAAAAUGUGGUUCCAGAGGUCAAGUGGUUCAUCCUUGUCGAAGUUUGUGCUAUGAAAUGACAAGAAGAUGUGGAUUUUUUCUGACAGUUUUUAGUUUAAAACUUCCUGAUUUUCUUUCUUGCGAAAAUUUCCCUGAAACCGCUGAUUCAGAUGUCUGUGUAGGCCAUCAUGAAGUAAUUGAAGCAGCAAAUCGUGCUGCUAACCCAGUUUGCAUCAGUGGCUUUCAAUGCGACAGCACCAGAUGCAUUCCGGUCGAUUGGAAGUGCGACGGGCACGUGGAUUGCGCCGAUCAAACUGACGAGAUUGGAUGCGGGGAUUGCGCGUUGACUUCCACAUCCCAACUAUCUUCCAUUAACGCUAAAAGCAAAAACUUAAGCAUUCAAGAUGUUAUUGACAAGCCAACACUUCAUUGUGGAGAAAGAAGAUGUAUGUCAACUAUUCAUGUAUGUGACGGAGUCAUGGAUUGUCCUUGGGGUCAAGACGAGCGAAAUUGCCUUCGACUAAGUGAAAGCAAUGGAGAUAUUGGUAAAGGACGUCUUCAAGUUUUCAACUCUCAGAACUCAACAUACAUUCCUGCCUGCAUUUCAUAUUGGAAGCCAACACUGAGCCAAGCAAUUUGCAAUCUCUUAGGUUACUCGACGGUGGAUUUUUCGGUUCUUUUGAUGAAGAAUGACAAUAGCACUCUUAGUGAGCCUUUUAUGGACACUUCUCAACGGUGGAGACUUGCUCAGAAAAGCGAGAAAAAUCUUCUAAAAGAAUUACAAUCAUGCACUCAUGAAGAUGACUACGCGACUAUUGAACUGAAGUGUUCUGAGUUUGAGUGUGGCAGACGUCGUUAUCACUACGGGAAUGCAAAGGUACAAAAACGAAUAAUUGGUGGAGUAGAAUCAGUCCCAGGAGAUUGGCCUUUUCUGGCAGCACUCCUUGGUGGUCCUGAAGAAGUUUUUUAUUGUGCUGGAGUUCUCAUUUCCGAUCAAUGGGUUCUUACUGCUUCUCAUUGUGUUGGGAAUUUCAGCUAUUCCAUAUUGUCUGAUUGGACAAUUCAGUUGGGUAUCACCAGACGACAUUCUCACAGUUAUUUUGGAGAAAAGUUAAAAGUGAAGAGAGUCAUACCUCAUCCUAGUUACAAUUUGGGGGUUGUUCAUGACAAUGACGUGGCUCUUUUCCAGUUGAAAGAGCGAGUUAACUUUCAUGAACAUUUGAGACCUGUUUGUUUGCCAAAAGCAAGCAUGGAGUUGGCUCCAGGGACUAUUUGUACUGUUAUUGGCUGGGGGAAAAAAGAAGAUACUGAUGCUUCAAAAUAUGAACCAGCAGUGAAUGAAGUUGAGGUACCUGUUUUAAAACGAGAACUUUGUAAUGCUUGGCUUGAACAUAAAGAAUUGAAUGUUACCGAUGGGAUGAUCUGUGCCGGAUAUCCAGAAGGCAAAAAAGAUGCUUGUCAGGGCGACUCCGGUGGCCCACUUUUAUGUCGAGAUGAGAACGAUAAGGAUCGCUGGUUUGUUGGUGGAAUUGUUAGUUGGGGUAUAAAAUGUGCUCAUCCUAAAUUACCUGGAGUGUAUGCAUAUGUACCGAAAUAUGUUCCCUGGAUUUACGCACAAAUGUCGAAGUAUUCUGAUAGUAGGACGGACUAAUUUCAAUAAUGCUGCUGAACUAAAAGAGAAGAAAGAAGAAGACAAAUGGGUAUAGAAGACAAUAAAAUGAACAUAAAAGUUAAAUGAUGGUGAGUUUGAAACACAACGCUUUUGAAGCAUGUCAAGAAGAGAGUAUUCUGAUGGAAUAAACAGAUAAAAAAUAAUUAAUUAAAAUUUAUUUCUUGUUUAUAUUUGAUUUUAAACAUAAAAAAUUGAAUUUAUGGAAUAAAAAUAAACCAUUUAUAUUUUAUAUUAAAUUGCAUACGUUUUUAAUCAUUCAAAAUACUCUCUUGAACGUUUGUUCAACUACUCUCUUAAACUAAAUCAGUGAAAACUACUGCGAAUCAGUGAAUAUUCACUGAUAUCCAGUGCCAAUCUAAUGACUGAUUCUUUUAGUGAUAUGAUUGACACUGGCAAUCAGUGAAUAUUCACUGAAUUGCAGUAGUUUUCACUGAUUCAGUUUAAGAAAGUAGUUGAUUCAGCAUUUAACAGAGAUGUUCUAGUAAUAGAAUAUUAACAAAGUGAUACUGCCCUUUCGAGAAAUCAAUUGAGUUUCUUUGAAGUAAAAAAAUACAAGCUUAUCUAAAACAAGACAACAUGUUUGUGAACGAGAUAAUAAAACUCAAUUACUCAUUUUUAUAAGUAAUACGCUACAAAUGUGUAGGUCAAAUAGAUAUUACGAGAUGAAAGAAAUCAAAAGGAUUUAAAGAUAAAUAUAUUUAUUUAGUGAACAAUACAAUAUAUUGUUUAUAUUUCAUUGAAAUUUGUUUUUAACCAAUAAACUGGAUUUUGUGUUGAUGUAUCAAUACAAUGUGUUAACGGUUGUGUUUGGUUCCAUGAUAAUUUGACUACUUUUGAUGUUUUUAUGAAUAGAUACUUGUAUUCUAAUUGAAUAUUGAAUUCAUAUACGAUUAAGAGUUUGUUUUUGACGCGCUGUUGCAACAAGAGGAUGAAAAAAUAUUGAAACAUAUUAAAAAUAAAAUUAAAUGGAAAAAUAUGAUGAAUGCUGAUAACAGAUAAAUAAUAAUAAAUAUUUAAAUA